GCAGUUGGUAUAAAAACGGAUGCUCCUCACCAGGAAGCACAGUUCAAUCAGCGCUUUGCUCCAAUCAAGUACAAAGUUUACACAAGCAAACGGCUUUCUAUUAAAACAUAAACAUCAUGUUCAAAUUAUUCUUCUCAAUGGCUGUCCUCUGCUUCUUGGCCACAUGCUUCGGCCAAACGUUCCAAUACUCGCACGGCUGGACCAGCGGCAAACGGGCCGUGAACACUCAUCGUGACAAUGAUAUUGCCGAAAUGCUCCAACAAGAUAGCGAGCGCAAAUUGGAAAGAUGUCUCAUGCAGUUGCAAUAUUUAUUACACAAUCCCCUGUCGAUUCGUGCCGGCGUUCAAGCUCUGACUCCAGUAAAUGGUAAUCUAUUUGGAAAUCGUCAUCAAUCAAAUGAAUUGUACGAAGAGCUGAAUGCUGCCGAGACGAACGAUUAUGUAAAGCAUUAAAACGUGAUUAUGGCCAUAAAAUAUUAAUAAAACGAAACGACUCGACACGAAUUUAGUAGUAUAUUUAAUAGAAUAUUUGGAACAGCAUAAAUACGCAUUUACAUAAUACAGUUAUUUAUUGUACAUAUGUAUGAUUUCGUUAAAAUAUUUUACGAACUAUAGUUAUAAUAUUAUAUGCAUUUGCAAGUCUAAAAUUACUAUAAAUGUGCAUACUUUUACAUAUAUACAUAUGUACAUACAUAAGUAAAUAGUG